AUGUCUCAGAACAUCCUCAUCACCGGCGGCUCGGGCUACCUCGGCGGCACCCUGUUGGCACGAUGGAAAGAUGCCAAUCUCGGUGGCUACGACAAGCUGUUCGCCUUGGUUCGAACGGAGGCUCAGGCCGAGGCCGUCAAGAGUUACGGCGCCCAGCCUGUAACCCUGAACGUCAAUGAUGAGGCUGCUGUCAGAGAGACCAUCGUGGCCAAUGAGAUCAACAUCGUCUAUUACCUGAUUGACUCCGGACGGUCAGACUCGCAGGUCUUCUUCAUCAAGGCGCUAGGCGAGCUGAAAAAGAGGACGGGCCAAGAGGUGCAUCUUUUGCAUACAACGGGCGCCAAGAUGUUCUCAAGCCUCGUUGGCGUUCCAACCGACCGUCCGCUUCUCGAUACGGAUCCAGACCUGUAUUCCAUCCAAAAGGGUCUGAAGGUGCCGGCGCGAGCGAUGCAAGAGGCGGUCGACGCGAAUACCACGGUCAUUGAGCAGGGCGAAGCGCACGGUGUCAAGACCUACAUCUUUGCUCCCUGCAUCGUCUACGGCAAAGGCGAAGGGUUCGGAAAUCCAAUUUCAAUCCAAACGGUAGCGAUCGUCAAGGCGGCUAGAGCAGCGGGCCAAGUUUACAAGGUUACACCGGGGCGACCGAGGUGGCCAGUGUGCCAUAUCGUCGACAACACGACCCUGUACCUCGCCAUCUUGAGGUCGAUCCUGAACAAGGAGGAGCCCGGUCAUGGAAAGCGCGGAUACUACCUUGCAGCGUCGGGCAGCGUGGCGUGGGACGAGCUCUACGCCGCCAUGGCUACGGCGCUUGCGAAGCGCGGCGCCAUCAAGAACGACGCGAUCGAGGAUGCCGACGAUGCGGCGCUCGAGAAGAUGGCAUCUGGUCUUGACUGUCCGAAGUCGUUCGUGGAGGUUCAGCUUGGAGGAAAAUGCACCUUCACCGCCGCGCACGGUGCGGAGAUCGGAUGGAAGCCGCAGUACCCACCGGAGCAUGCAUUGGAAGCAGCAGACGCGGAGGUCGACUUGAUCUUGCGAAACCUGUAG